GCUACCUCAUAGUUGUAUUUUAAGGGCAUAGUUGCAAACUAGCUGAUGUUUUGCAAAAAAUACAGCCACCUUAGCACACAACGGAGAUGUACAACGCUGUGUUAAUUAUACAUAUCGCACAUAAUUUCAUCUCGAAAAAUGGCGCCGCCGCCUGCUAAAAGACGGAAAGUGCAAAUCCAGUAUAGAGAUAAUAAGAGAAAAAAACCUUAUAAGGCUCAUAAGAAGCAAUUUUUAGAAUCCGGUCAACGCGGAUUUCUAGCUACUUGUAAUAGCAACGAGUGGGAUUGCGUUAAGGAAUGUUAUAAUAUAUUAAAUCAAUAUGCUGAUGUAUUGUAUGGGGCUGACGAAGGUGAGAUCAAGCCGAAUGGUAAAAAGGAUGAGAAGGGACAUGAUAGCAAUGCAGUUAUUGAAGAAGAGGGUAGCACGGACGACGGCAAUGAUAUCGCGGACGAUUUGCAAAAACAGAUCAAAGCUACUAAGGAAAAAGUCAAGAGGCGUUUCCAAGUUGUUGAAACCGGAGUGUCUAAUUGCGUUUUUAUCAAAACCGUUUUAGAAAAUCCUGUACCUUUAGCCAUACAUAUUAUUGAAGAUAUCGCAAAAACUAAAAAGCAAGCGUCCCGCUAUCUUACACGCUUGAUACCUGUACAAGCCGUUUGCUCUGUCAGUAAGGAAGGUAUUGUUAAAGCCGCGGCGCGAAUUUGUGAUAAAUAUUUCCAAACGGAGCCAACCACAUUUUCUAUAGUGUACAAUAAAAGCUACAAGCAUAAUAUCGAUAGAGAAAACCUAAUAAAAGAGUUGGCCACUUUGAUUCAUGCCAAAAAUGCAGACCACAAAGUAGAUUUAAAACAUCCGAAGAAAACGUUUUUCAUACAACUUCUCAAGAACUUGUGUUGCUUAUCAAUAGUGGAUAAUUAUGUGAGAUAUAAAAAAUAUAAUUUAAUAGAAUUGGCUCGCGCUGAAGAAUGUCCGGACAAUACCGAUACAGAAGUGAAAGAUGAUAAAGAAGCUGCGAAUGACGGCGAGGUUGUUGAAGCUAAAAAUGCCGAAAAAGUGGAGGAGAAAAUCGUAUAUAAGGACAAAAAGAGAUUAGCCGAGACGGAAGGCAGUAAUGCGAAAAAGGCCAUAAAAAUUGCUGCAGAUAGUUAGGAUUAUAUUAAAGCCUAAGAAAUGUACUAUUGAGUCUGGGAUUAAAAAAU